CCCCGCGAACCACCCCAGGUGCGUCCGCGCGGCACGCGCCAUUCUCGCCGUGGACGGCGCCCUGACGCCACCUAACCAUUUCAACCACCGUUAUACUAACUGUAACACUCUACGUGACCUCAUCAGGCAACCACCCGAGACUAAUGAUACACAAACACUCGUAACAUGUGAAAACGGCAAAUCAUCACGCCGAAAUGAGCUCGAUCGGCGUCGUCGUCUUCCGUAACUCGCCACUCGGUAAGGCGCAGGUGCUCCAGGAAUCCGUGAAUAAUUCCAUGAACAUAACCAACAAUGGAACCCCAAACGUGCGACGAGAAAUCAUCAUAGUGAGCAAGAAGCAGAAGAUACCUACUCCAACGACAGUGUCAGUGACUUCAUUAGUGCGUGCUGCAGAGCCUAUUACUACCAAUGUGAUCGUGAAAAGACCGAGGCUUCGUGAGAAUAGUGUGGAAGACAAUGGACGCACGCCUACACCACUGGCUGUAGCUAGACGCAAUGCGCGGGAACGGAACCGAGUCCGACAAGUUAACGAUGGCUUUGCUGCUCUCCGACGCCAUAUCCCAGAAGAAGUUGCUGCCGCAUUCGAGAGUGUCAACUCGAACAGAGGUCCAAACAAAAAACUGAGCAAAGUGGAAACAUUACGUAUGGCUGUUGAAUAUAUACGGAAUCUCGAAAGUUUGUUAAAUAUUGGCCAUGCUGAUAAAGAAAAUAAUACAUCAAGGCCAUCCAUGGAUUCAUUUCCUUCGCCGGCAUCAUCCUCGCCCAGAGAAAAUAGCCAGGAACGGAGCUAUUUCUCUAUUCACUCACCCGCUCUUGACGAUGAAGAUAUGGAAGAGGAUGAACUUGACGGUUCUGUACACCAGCUACCACAGCAACAGUACGUUGACCUAACCAUGCCAGAUACUUUUCAACUAGUCUCUACUCCACAUCUUUAUGAAGAAGAGGAAGGCAUCCAGCCUUUGACACCUUCAUCUGAUCUCAUUGGCCACGAAGAAGUAAACUCUCAUCUUCUCGACGGCCAUUUUCGUUUCCCGAAUUCCGCUGAGCAGUUUACAGUGAUACCGGAAAACUAUUGUAAUGAAGGGGAAGUAAAUGACAACGAUUUUGAAGUGAAAUAUGCCGAAUCCAUUCAUCAACAAAUGCAAAGUUACGGCGACACAGUACUGCCCUUAGAGGCAAUUAACGCUGACUUGAUUCUAAACAGCGAAUAUAAGUUUAAAGAAGAGGAUACUUUCACAGAAAACCAAUACAGCGAUGUGGAACUGAAAAAAGAGCUUCCAGAUAUUCAAGUGACCCCUGAAGACAGGGAACAAUUUGAAGAGACUUUAAAAUGGUGGCAAGAGAAAACGAGGCAAAAUCCUAUAGUCAGAAAGAAGGAUUAAUUCUAUCUGAGCGUUACGUAUUUACUAGAUUAAUUCCAGAUAUUUAUUAUGUACAAUGUGAAGUGAUAGUAACAGUCAUACAGCUGUCAGUGCCAAAGACAGUGGUCGACGCGUGCGCAAGGUGUGCGGUAACGGUCAAGAUAAUAAACUGUGCGCACAUCAAACAUUUCAUUCCUGCUUGUUUAUUAAGUUCACUAGAAAACAAUGUUUAUCACAGUUAUAAUUACACUAGUGAUGUUGUAGUAGAACCUUCAUAUAUGGUCUAAGUUUCGCCUCUGUGGUACUCUUUAGUAGUUUUGUCGUAUUUUAUCGUAUUUAUAUGAUUUAGUGAAUGUUAUCAUAAUAAUGCCAUACAUUAGAUAAUUUCUAAGUGUAAUAAUAUAUUACGAAUGUAAAUAGUUUCUGGCUAGGGCACCUAAUUAUCAUACAAACUAUUUCUAGUGCCUUUGAUAUAAUCUUGUGAUGUUAUUUUAUUAGCUAAUAGCAAUUCUAUGAAUGAAUAAAUGUUUCUAAC